CCGCCUUCUCUUGCAGCCACAGCCAAGCUGAAGGGCUUCCAGCCUGCUAGGAGGUAUUUUCUGGCUGCUCCCUGCUCGCGUGUGUGUGGCUGCGGGCACUUUGGCACACUGCGUGUGUGGACGCGGCUCUCCUGCUCCCGAGCAAUGGGUGCUGCAGGGGCUGGGGCAGAGCCGUGACCUUUCCUGGGGUGCUGGAGGAGGAAGAGUGGAUUACGCCUUGAACUUCUGGCUCGCAGCCAGUGCCCUUGCGGAAAAAAUAAAUCACCUGGAUAUCCGCGUGUGGUGGGAACAGCUUCCUUGGAGCUGGUGUUUUCCUCGCCAAAAUGGCUCACGCAGCCGCUUCCAUCAAAAAAGUUCGAGAGUCUGAAAUCGAAGAGAGGGAGAGAAACCUUGAGAAGGAAAGGAAAAGACAGCGGAAAAUCUCUAGGGCCGAUCGGAAACGCAAGUCUGACAGCAAUGCAAGCUUUCUCCGAGCUGCCAGAGCUGGCAAUUUGGACAAAGUAGUGGAAUACCUGAAAAGUGGAAUAGACAUUAACACCUGUAAUCAGAAUGGGCUCAAUGCUCUGCACCUGGCAGCCAAAGAAGGCCACGUGGGACUGGUACAGGAAUUGUUGGAAAGAGGCUCCGCUGUGGAUUCUGCCACUAAGAAAGGGAACACAGCCCUGCACAUCGCAUCCUUAGCAGGACAAGCUGAAGUUGUCAAAGUUUUGGUGAAGGAAGGAGCCAAUAUUAAUGCACAAUCUCAGAAUGGCUUUACUCCUUUGUACAUGGCAGCUCAAGAGAACCACAUUGAGGUGGUGAAAUAUCUCCUGGAGAAUGGAGCCAACCAAAGCACAGCUACCGAGGACGGUUUCACCCCUCUGGCUGUGGCACUGCAGCAGGGACACAACCAGGCGGUGGCCAUCCUGCUGGAGAACGACACCAAGGGCAAGGUGCGGCUGCCAGCGCUGCACAUCGCCGCCAGGAAGGACGACACCAAGUCGGCGGCGCUGCUGCUGCAGAACGACCACAACGCCGACGUGCAGUCCAAGAUGAUGGUGAAUAGGACGACUGAGAGCGGCUUUACCCCUCUGCACAUCGCUGCCCACUAUGGCAACGUCAACGUGGCCACGCUGCUGCUGAACCGUGGAGCUGCAGUCGACUUCACAGCCAGGAAUGGAAUCACCCCACUGCAUGUGGCUUCCAAAAGGGGAAACACAAACAUGGUGAAGCUCUUGUUGGAUCGUGGAGGGCAGAUCGAUGCCAAAACCAGGGAUGGACUCACCCCACUGCACUGUGCAGCACGAAGUGGCCAUGACCAGGUUGUGGAGCUGCUCCUGGAGCGCGGUGCCCCACUGCUCGCACGGACCAAGAAUGGACUCUCCCCACUGCACAUGGCAGCCCAGGGGGACCACGUGGAAUGUGUCAAGCAUCUGCUGCAGCACAAGGCUCCUGUGGACGACGUGACACUGGACUACCUGACUGCCCUGCACGUGGCCGCUCACUGCGGCCACUACCGUGUCACCAAACUCCUGCUGGACAAGAGAGCCAACCCCAACGCCCGUGCCCUGAAUGGUUUUACUCCACUGCACAUUGCCUGCAAGAAAAAUCGCAUCAAAGUCAUGGAACUCCUGGUGAAAUAUGGGGCUUCAAUCCAGGCUAUAACAGAGUCGGGCCUCACACCAAUACACGUGGCUGCAUUUAUGGGCCACUUGAACAUAGUCCUCCUUCUGCUGCAGAACGGAGCCUCUCCCGAUGUCACUAACAUUCGUGGAGAAACUGCAUUGCACAUGGCAGCACGUGCUGGGCAGGUGGAAGUGGUUCGCUGCCUCCUGAGGAAUGGGGCCCUGGUUGAUGCCCGAGCCAGGGAAGAACAGACCCCACUGCACAUCGCCUCUCGCCUGGGCAAGACAGAGAUUGUGCAGCUGCUGCUUCAGCACAUGGCCCACCCUGAUGCUGCUACCACCAAUGGCUACACCCCCCUGCACAUCUCUGCCCGUGAGGGGCAGCUCGACGUCGCCUCCGUGCUCCUCGAGGCGGGCGCCUCACACUCCAUGUCCACCAAGAAGGGAUUCACACCGUUGCAUGUGGCGGCCAAGUAUGGGAGCCUGGAAGUGGCAAAGCUCCUGCUGCAGCGUCGUGCCUCUCCUGAUUCUGCUGGCAAGAACGGCCUCACCCCGCUGCACGUGGCGGCGCACUACGACAACCAGAAGGUGGCGCUGUUGCUGCUGGAGAAGGGCGCCUCGCCUCACGCGACCGCCAAGAAUGGAUACACCCCUCUGCAUAUUGCUGCCAAGAAAAACCAGAUGCAGAUAGCUACCACUCUGUUGAACUAUGGGGCUGAGACCAACAUUUUGACUAAGCAGGGAGUCACCCCACUUCAUCUGGCCUCCCAGGAAGGUCACACUGACAUGGUGACUUUGCUUUUGGAGAAAGGAUCCAACAUCCACGUGGCAACAAAGGCUGGACUGACGUCCUUACACCUUGCAGCUCAAGAGGAUAAAGUGAAUGUAGCUGAGAUCCUCACCAAACAUGGUGCAAACCAGGAUGCUCAGACAAAGCUUGGUUAUACACCUUUAAUUGUGGCCUGUCACUAUGGAAACAUCAAAAUGGUGAAUUUUCUCCUCAAGCACGGAGCAAAUGUCAAUGCUAAAACAAAGAAUGGGUACACCCCUCUUCACCAGGCUGCUCAGCAAGGCCACACUCACAUCAUCAAUGUUCUGCUGCAGCAUGGGGCCAAGCCCAACGCCAUCACCACAAAUGGUAACACAGCCUUAGCCAUCGCCCGGCGCCUGGGAUACAUCUCUGUGGUCGAUACGCUGAAGGUUGUAACGGAGGAGAUCACCACCACCACAACUACUGUAACAGAGAAGCACAAGCUCAAUGUACCCGAGACAAUGACUGAGGUCCUGGAUGUGUCAGAUGAAGAAGGUGAUGACACAAUGACAGGAGAUGGGGGGGAGUACCUUAGGCCAGAAGACCUCCGGGAGCUGGGAGAUGACUCUUUGCCAAGCAGCCAGUUCUUAGAUGGAAUGAACUACCUGAGGUACAGCUUGGAAGGAGGACGCUCAGACAGCAUCAUGCCCAGCCUGCGGUCCUUCAGUUCCGACAGGUCCCACACGCUGAGCCACGCCUCCUACCUGCGCGACAGCGCCAUGAUCGACGACACCGUGGUCAUCCCCAGCCAGCAGGUAACAACUCUGGCCAAAGAAGCUGAAAGGAAUUCAUAUCGUUUAAGCUUGGGCCCUGAAAUCUUGGACAAUGUGGCUCUUUCUUCCAGCCCUAUUCAUUCAGGCUUCCUGGUGAGUUUCAUGGUGGACGCUCGCGGCGGCGCCAUGCGGGGCUGCCGCCACAACGGGCUGCGCAUCAUCAUCCCCCCGCGCAAGUGCACGGCGCCGACGCGCGUGACGUGCCGCCUGGUGAAGCGCCACAGGCUGGCCACCAUGCCGCCCAUGGUGGAGGGAGAAGGGCUGGCCAGCCGCCUCAUCGAAGUGGGACCCUCUGGGGCUCAGUUCCUUGGUAAACUUCAUCUGCCUACGGCUCCUCCCCCACUUAAUGAGGGAGAAAGCUUGGUCAGCCGAAUCCUUCAGCUGGGGCCUCCUGGGACCAAAUUCCUUGGGCCUGUGAUUGUGGAGAUUCCCCAUUUUGCUGCCCUGCGUGGGAAGGAGAGAGAGCUGGUGAUCCUGCGCAGCGAGAACGGGGACAGCUGGAAGGAGCAUUUCUGUGAAUACACUGAGGAUGAACUGAACGAAAUCCUGAAUGGGAUGGAUGAAGUACUUGACACUCCAGAGGAGCUUGAGAAGAAGCGGAUCUGCCGCAUCAUCACCCGGGAUUUCCCUCAGUACUUCGCAGUGGUGUCCCGGAUCAAACAGGACAGCAACCUGAUCGGGCCCGAGGGAGGGGUGCUGAGCAGCACCGUGGUCCCACAGGUGCAGGCAGUCUUCCCGGAAGGCGCGCUCACCAAGAGAAUUCGCGUCGGCCUCCAGGCUCAACCUAUGCACACUGAACUUACAAAGAAGAUUUUGGGCAACAAGGCUACCUUCAGCCCCAUAGUCACACUGGAGCCCAGGAGGAGGAAAUUCCAUAAGCCCAUCACGAUGACGAUCCCCGUGCCCAAGGCCUCCAGCGAUGGGCUCAUGAACGGCUAUGGAGGUGACACACCCACUCUAAGGUUACUAUGCAGCAUAACAGGAGGAACCACUCCUGCCCAAUGGGAAGACAUCACUGGGACAACACCACUGACAUUUGUUAAUGAAUGUGUUUCCUUCACAACAAAUGUGUCUGCCAGAUUUUGGUUGAUAGACUGUCGUCAGACACAAGAAUCUGUUACUUUUGCUUCGCAAGUAUACAGAGAAAUUAUCUGUGUCCCCUACAUGGCCAAAUUUGUGGUGUUUGCCAAAUCCCAUGAUCCCAUUGAAGCACGGUUAAGAUGUUUCUGCAUGACCGAUGACAAGGUGGAUAAAACUCUAGAACAGCAAGAAAACUUUGCUGAAGUUGCCAGAAGCAGGGACGUAGAGGUAUUAGAAGGAAAACCUAUCUACGUUGACUGCUUUGGCAAUUUGGUUCCUCUCACAAAGAGUGGGCAACACCAUAUAUUCAGUUUCUUUGCCUUCAAAGAGAAUAGACUUCCUCUGUUUGUUAAGGUCCGAGAUAGCACUCAAGAGCCCUGUGGACGAUUAUCAUUCAUGAAGGAGCCAAAAUCUACCAGAGGCCUCGUUCAUCAAGCCAUAUGUAAUUUAAACAUCACUUUACCCAUUUACACAAAGGAAUCAGAUUCAGAUCCAGAACCAGAAGAGGUUGAUAUGACUUCAGAAAAAAAUGACGAGACAGAAUCUACAGAAACAUCUGUCCUGAAAAGCCAUCUGGUUAAUGAAGUCCCUGUACUAGCCAGUCCAGACCUGUUGUCUGAAGUUUCUGAGAUGAAACAAGAUCUGAUCAAAAUGACUGCCAUCCUAACAAAUGACCCUUCUGAUAAAUCAGGCUCCAUUAAAGUGAGAGAUCUUGAAAAGUCUGCUGAAGAAGAGCCAGGAGAACCUUUUGAAAUAGUUGAAAGAGUGAAAGAGGACUUAGAAAAAGUAAAUGAAAUUCUGAGAGGCGGAUCCUACGCCAGAGAAGAACACGUUUCGCAGAAGUCCCUUUCCAGACAAGAGCCCUUAGAGGAAGAAUGGAUCAUUGUCAGUGAUGAAGAAAUUGAAGAGGCCCGGAGAAAUGCUCCAUCAGAAGUCACAGAGCCAAGCCAUGUAGAAGUCAGGGUAGAGAAAGGGACAACAAAAAAGGGAGAGCUGGACAUGACAGGAACAGUGGAUUUCCUUGCAGAGGAUUUAAAAGCAUCCGUUUCUCUUCAUGAGGGACAGCCACAGGCCUUACAAGAGGAGGUAGUAGAAGAGAAAGUCAAAGCUGUAGUAGUAAGCAGGGAUUCUGAAAAAAAAGGAAAAGAAUCUCCAAAAACUGGGAAACCAAGCUCACAGGAGCAACAGAAGGCAGCCUCAGAAGUUAAAAAGCCCUUUAGGGCAAAACUAAGAGAAAAGCCAAAGCCAAAGGAAGGCAAGGUGCACAGCAGCGGAGAGAAACUGAAACUGCCUAAGCUCACUGCAGACGAGGCACCAGCUGGGGAGCCUGGCCUAAAGGUGACAGGUGCUCCAGAGCCUAAAGCUGUGUCUCCUGUUAUCGAGGAAACUCCCAUUGGCUCAAUAAAAGAUAAAGUGAAAGCUCUUCAGAAACGAGUGGAAGAUGAGCAGAAAGUACGGUCAAAACUGCCCGUCAGAGUUCAGGCAAAAGAAGGCCCUGCCGAAAAGGCGCCUAAGAAACCGGCGCAGGUCAAGAAGCCGGUAGCACACAAAGCCCAGCCACCAGUCUCACCCUCUUCUAAGACAGAGAGACUUGAAGAGACCAUGUCUGUUAAGGAGCUGAUGAAAGCCUUCCAGUCAGGGCAAGAUCCGUCCAAGAAUAUUUCCGGACUCUUUGAGCACAAAUCCGUCAAACAGAAGCAACAGGCCACUGAGAAGGAAACUCCCCGCAAGAAAACAAUUCCUUCACAGAGUGAAACGAGGCGAGUGUCAACCCUCAAGACAGACAAACAAAAGGACAAACCAAGCACGGUGUCAAAAGCAGAGAAAGAGCCGCAAUCAAAGAAAGCAAAAAUGCAAACUUCCACUAUCGAGAGUGCCAAGAAGGCUGGCAGCAAAGAUGGCAAAGACCAAGUCAAAGAGCAGAGCAGCAAAAAGCCAACUGAACCUCUCCCUCCGGUAAUAGUUGCUGAAAGCGCCAAAGAAACACCGGCUGGGAAAGGCAGGGCUUGUGAGGAUCAGGGAGAUCCUGACUUCCAGAUCAGCCCUGACAGGAAAACCUCAACAGACUUUUCUGAUGUCAUUAAAGAAGAAUUGGAGGAUAAUGACAAAUACCAACAGUUCCGACACCUCUCAGUGACGGAGGAGGGAGAGCUUAACCUGGAGCAAGUACUGACCAGUCCUUUCGGUGCUGCUUUUCCCACAGAGUAUGGGAAAGACGGAUUCCUUCCUGCUCUUUCUCUGCAAAGUGCUGCUCUUGAUGGGAGCUCAGAGAGCCUUAAACACGAAGGUGUGGCUGACUCUCCGGGCAGCCUACUUGACGGAACCCCUCAGAUCAGCUCGGAGGAAAGUUACAAGCAUGAGGGUCUGGCAGAGACUCCUGAAACGAGCCCAGAAAGCCUUUCAUUCUCACCAAAGAAAACUGAUGGGCAAAUUGAAGACGCUAAAGGAGCAGCUCGAGUACACACAACAGCAGAAACACGUUCUACAAAGGAACUGUCCUCAAAGGAAGCUGCAAAAGGUAUUACUGAGAGGCAGCUAGAUGCUGUUACUGAGACUAGGGAGUCUCAUUCUGACCAUGUAUCAGAAGAGCAUGUACCUCCAGCCUCUGAAGAAGAGGCUGAUAAACUUAAAGAAAAUAGCUCAGCUUCCGUUAUGAAAGAUAUUAGCAGGGAUAAAGAAUCCAGAACCACUGCACAUUUCAUUAAGUCUUCUGAAACACAUGACACUGCUUUAGAGAAAGAAAAAGACAUAGCCUGUGAACGCCGUCUUACAGUUAGAAGUCCCCAGAAAUUGGAACUUGCACUUGCUAGCCAUGAUAGUGAAGGCUUUAGCCCAGUUGCAGAUGACUCUUUGACUAUAAGUCAUAAAGACUCCCUGGAAGCAAGCCCAGUGCUAGAAGAUAACUCAUCACACAAAACACCCGACUCUUUGGAGCCCAGUCCUAUGAAAGAGUCCCCCUGCCGCGAUUCCCUUGAAAGCAGCCCCGUAGAACCAGCAGUGAAGGCUUGUCUUUUGGGGCAGAGUCCUCUUCCAUCUGUUCUUAGCAAAGCAGAAGCCUGCCCAGAGCUGGCAUCGGUGCGUUCCAGGAUUCUCCGUGACCCUGAGGGAAGUGCAGAUGAUGACAGUCUAGAGCAAACGUCGCUCAUGGAGAGUUCAGGGAAAAGUCCCAUUUCCCCCGAAACUCCUAGUUCGGAAGAAAUUAGCUAUGAAAUCACACCCAAAAUGGCAGACAUACCAAAGUCAGCCACCAUCCCUGAAGCCAAUGAAGAACCCGAGGAUGAUUCAGAAAGUGAACCAAAGAAGAGAUUCACCCCUGAAGAAGAGAUGUUUAAAAUGGUGACCAAAAUCAAAAUGUUUGAUGAAUUGGAACAGGAAGCAAAACAGAAGAGAGAUUAUAAAAAGAGUUGUAAGCAAGAUGAAUCUUCUGUGGUUGUCAAUUCAGAAGCUUCGCAUGAGGCUGAAGGGUCAGAACCGGCUGCUGUAGUACAAAAAGACAUACCCACGGUAGUGACACCUGCUGCUGAAUCUAGGAAGAGUUCUUCCUCUUCUGAGAGCGAGCCAGAAUUGACUCGGCUCAAGAAAGAAGCUGACUCGGGCCUCUUAAUGGAGCCUGUGAUCCGAGUGCAGCCACCCUCACCUUUGCCAUCUAGCAUUGACUCCAGCUCUAGCCCUGAUGAAGCAGGUUUCCAGCCCAUUGAUUCCCAGCCAUGUUCUGUCAGGAUAGGUGAGGUUAAAGUGCAAGGCAAAGGUGACAAAGAGGAGCCACUUAUCCUUGGGCGCAGCUGUAAGCCUUCGACGGGCACUUGCCCCUCCGACGGCUGCGUGUCAGCAGAAGGUGCGGAAUCGAAAUGUUGCGACGGUACGGGUGACUGUGCGAUGGCCAGUCCUGACACCCAGGUCACACGAUCUGGGUGUACGCCCUGUCACUCCGUUGGUGAUGGUUCCCAAAAAGAAGUUCACGCUGAAUCUUCACUAACAAUGGGGCAGUGGGACACUACUGAAAAAGAUGACAAACCCGUGGCCCCAUUACCACGCAGCGAUCUCAUUUCUACCGGGGCUGUGUCAGAGGAGGCAGAUGGUCUUUCUCAUGGACAUGGUACCACCGAGUACUCUGUCCCACGUGAUGGCAAACUGGCCGAAGGAGACACCGAUGACCAUUCUGCCUCGGCAAGGGAUUUGGGAAAAGCAGAUGGAAGUUGUGAGACAUCUCACAGGGCUGGUUGUGCUGAGGAGGCUUUACCAGAGUAUUCGUCCCUAACCACUGACACAGUGGAACUUGACAGCUGUGCGGCGGGUGCCACUGAUGGUAGUGCUCCAUAUAUAGUGAGCCCUUACGAAAAUGUGUCUUCUGGACAUUUCUUCAUUGAUUCUGAAAGCGAGGUAGGAUCUGGUAGAAGUGUGCUCUCUAGGGAAACCUAUUCUAUUGCAGAAGGGAAAGAUCAGGCUGGUGAAGCUUUACUUAGCAGAGACACAGGCAGUGAAUAUUGCUCUUCAGAGGAAGUCUACAUGGAAAUAGAGCCCAAACCAGAGGAUGGGUUUCAGAUGAUGUCACAAGGGUCUCUGACCUCAGAUUCAACAAAAUUAUCUGAAUCUGCCCUUGAGGAUAUAAGAGGUGAAACUGAGAAAUUGAUGGGUCAGGUUGUCAUCACUAGAACCGAUGUGGAUUCUGACAUGUGGAGUGAAAUACGUGAAGACGAUGAAGCCUUUGAAGCCCGGGUGAAAGAAGAGGAACAAAAGAUAUUUGGGUUGAUGGUAGACAGGCGAUCCCAAGGCACGACCCCUGACACAACACCGGCCAGGACACCCACUGAAGAAGGGACGCCACUCAGUGAGCAAAAUCCUUUUCUUUUUCAGGAAGGCAAGUUGUUUGAGAUGACUAGAAGCGGAGCCAUUGACAUGACCAAAAGGAACUACCCAGAUGAAAGCUUUCACUUCUUCCAGGUGGGGCAGGAGCCUCAGGAAGAAGUUUCUUUGUGUGAAGAAGUGAAAGAAGCAGCAGAGGCAGAAUCUUCAAAGCUGAAGGGCUCACCGGACCCAUUUGCACCUUCAGAGUCAGAGGAAUCAGACAUGCAAGAACAAGAUUCAUUGAAAUAUUCACCCCCAUCGCCCGAGUCUAGUGAUAGAGCUGAAGAAACGAUGGGUGAAGGUGCCAGCACAGGCACUGCAAAAGCAGAUAUUAAAUCCAGAAUUCCAAUUAAAAUGGGUAUUUCAGCUUCUUCAAAAUCACCAAAGAAAGAAACCGCUGCCUCUGAAGCUGAGCCCCUCUCCAGAACGGAGGCCGACACGGUCGAUAGCAGUCAGGUGCCUUGUCCCAUCUCUCCCGAGCAGUGUGUAGUAGAAGAUGAGUUAGAAUUUUCCAAAGUCACUCGAUUGGUUAGUUCUGAACAGGGUGAGGAGUCCCCAGAUUCUUCCCCAGAGGAACAGAGAUCUGUGAUUGAAAUCCCCACUGCUCUAAUGGAGAGUGUGCCUUCUUGUGAAAGCAAAUCCAAAAUCCCUGUAAGAACAGCUGCUGCCACAUUGCAAUCCUCGCAACAAUUGGAAAAUGAGAGCCUUUCUCUGGAUGACUUCCUGGACAGUUCGCAGUGUGAAGGAAAAGAUGACCAAGUGAAACCAAAGUCUAAAAUUCCCGUGAAAACCACUUCCCAAAAAGCUGAACCACAACACUCAUACGCGGACACGUCCGUCCACAAGUUGGAGUCAUCCAAAGCGCUCGACGUGACGAGCGCGGUCCCUGCGAAAGCAGACAGCCGCAGUAAAUCGGAAUCUGAUGCCAGUAGUCCCGUGGACCCAAAGACCAAACGUUCUAUCAAAGCUAGGAGCUAUGCUGAGGCAGAGGCAGAGGCCAGGGAGAGGGAGAGCGAGAUGAAGUUUGAGCUAGACUCAGAUGAGGCAGCAACAGCAAGAUCAAAGGUAUUUUCUUCACGGUUGCCAGUUAAAAGCAGAAGCGCUACAGGCUCCCGCGGUGCUUUUAGUCCCACAAAAGAAAGUAAGGACCAUUUUUUUGAUCUUUACAAAAACUCCAUAGAGUUUUUUGAAGAAAUUAGUGACGAAGCUUCUAAAUUAGUGGAAAGACUCACGCAGUCAGAGAGAGAACAAGAAUUAGUUUCAGAUGAUGAAAGCAGUAGUGCCCUAGAAGUUUCAGUUAUUGAAAAUGUGCCAUCCAGUGAGACUCAGCAGUCAGUUCCUGAAGACAUCUUUGACAUCAGACCCAUUUGGGAUGAGUCUGUAGAGACUCAGAUUGAACGUAUCCCUGACGAAAAUGUCCAUGACCGUGCUGAAGAUCAACAGGAUGAUCAGGAAAGGACAGAGGAAAGACUGGCCCACAUUGCGGAUCAUCUUGGAUUCAGCUGGACAGAGCUAGCAAGAGAACUGGACUUCACAGAGGAGCAAAUUCACCAGAUUCGAAUUGAAAAUCCCAAUUCGCUUCAAGACCAGAGCCAUGCCCUCCUCAAAUACUGGCUCGAAAGGGACGGGAAACAUGCAACAGAUACCAGUCUGACCCAAUGUCUCACGAAAAUCAACCGCAUGGACAUCGUUCACCUGAUGGAGACCAGCGGCAUAGACCCCAUGCAGGGCCACGGCACGCGCACCUACGCGGACACGGAGCAGUCCUUGGCGUUGGACCACAGUGAAGGGUUUUCAGCACUGCAGGAGGAAGUGUACAGCUCGAGACACAAGCAAGAGCAGCAGAGAAUAUCUAAGGAUGGCGAGCCAACCGAGCACCCCCCUCUGGUCUCCGAGGAAGACGUGUCUGUCAGUUAUUCCCCGUUCCAGGACGGUACACCCAGGAGUGAGGCAGAAGUGUCCAUGGCUGAGCUUCUGAGGCAAGCACACAAGGAACAUGUAGAAGCUGAAUUCUCAGGGAAACCCCAAGACACGCCAGGGAAACCAUCUGCUUCGCAACAGGAAUAUUUCGUCACAGCUCCAGGAACGGAGCAGUCCGUGGGAGCUGGAAAAGCGGCGAGCGGGAAAUCUGCACGCUCAAGCACGGAAACGGGAGAGAUGCAGAGAGGGGACUCCCCCAUCGUCCAAGAGCCUGAGGACCCCCAGCUGCACCAGGAAACCCUCUCUCUAAGGAGAUCCAGUCUUGUGAUAGUGGAGUCCACUGAGGACCAGAUCGAGAAGUGUGGAAGGGGCUGCGAAGAGGAAUCUUUAGAAAAGGAGUUAGCAGAGGAGCUGGGUGGGCUGGAGCUCAGCUCGGAUGAGGAUGAGAUGGUCACCACCAGGGUCAUUCGGCGCCGGGUGAUCAUUCAGGCUGAUAGUAUGCCUGAAAUGCCACCAGAAACAGUCACAGAAGAGCAGUACACAGAUGAACAUGGGCACACAGUGGUAAAGAAGGUGACUCGGAAGAUCAUCCGGCGAUACGUCACUCCAGAUGGCACGGAAAAAGAGGAGGUGCUAAUGCAGGGAACGCCGCAAGCCCCUGUUGGCGUGGAGGAGGGAGAUGGUUAUUCCAAAGUGGUGAAGCGAGUUGUGCUGAAGAGUGACAGUGAGCACUCAGAGGUGACUCUGUCUGAACCUGCCGUUCUCCCUAGUGCCUCCAAAUUCCAGUCCGAGCCGGUGGAGGGCCGGAAAGUCAGCAAGGUCAUAAAGACCACCGUAGUGCAUGGAGAGAGGACAGAGAAACAUCUGGGGGAUGCCAGCCUGGCUUCUGAUCUUCCGUCAGCCAAAGAGGACUUUGAAGAGGUAAAAAUAACUUUUAUCUAUUAUUAUCCCAGGGACAACGUCUGUUCUCCAGAAAGGUUUUGUUGGUGGCCUGGCAGACUCCUGUGCUGUGUUCUUAUACUCGGCCAUGUUUCAAAGAGAUGCACGUAUAAAGAAUGUGUAGUGAAAGCUGACAUUGCAGAAUUAGGUAAGAAACUGACUAAGACUAAAGGAGAACAUCACGGAGGCUUUGUGCGUAGUUCUUAGAAGUCUAGGGGGUGAGUGCAGUUGACGUUCAUUCCCGUGUUACCAUUCGUGCAGGUAAUUGUAAGAGUGGCUACGGGUAAGCCCCCGCCCUGGGUGA